UCUCCGGCAGAGGCUCGGUGCGGCUCGGCUCGGUUCGGUUCGGUUCGGUUCGGCGAUGGGGUGGGCCGUGUUGCUGGUUGCGGCCGCGCUCCUGGCGCUCGCCGCUGCUUGGGCGCCCUCCGCCGAAGAGGAGCUGCAGUUCAAGGCCUGGAUGCUGCAGAACAACCGGCGGUACGGCCCGGACGAGUACCCCCGCCGGCUGCGCAUCUUCCUCGGUAACAAGAGGCAGAUCGACGAGCACAACGCCGGCAACCACAGCUACCAGAUGAGCCUGAACCAGUUUUCAGAUCUGACCUUCGCAGAAUUUAAAAAAUUGUACCUGUGGAGAGAGCCCCAGAACUGCUCAGCCACAAAGGGGAACUUCCUGCGCAGCUCGGGGCCAUAUCCCGAAUCCAUUGACUGGAGGAAGAAGGGAAAUUACGUGACACCCGUGAAAAACCAGGGCCCCUGCGGGAGCUGCUGGACCUUUUCCACCACAGGGUGUUUGGAGUCUGCUAUUGCUAUUGCAACGGGAAAGCUCCUCUCUCUGGCAGAACAACAGUUAGUUGAUUGCGCCCAGGCUUUUAACAACCACGGCUGCAGUGGGGGCCUGCCAAGCCAAGCCUUUGAAUACAUAUUGUAUAACAAAGGGCUCAUGGGGGAGGACGCCUACCCAUACCGGGCCGAGAAUGGCACCUGCAAGUUCCAGCCAGAGAAGGCUAUUGCAUUUGUCAAAGAUGUUAUCAAUAUCACGCAGUAUGAUGAGGAUGGCAUGGUAGAAACUGUGGGGAAGCACAACCCGGUGAGCUUUGCGUUUGAGGUGACAGGUAACUUCAUGCACUACAGAAAAGGAGUCUAUUCAAACCCACGAUGUGAGCACACUCCUGAUAAGGUGAACCAUGCUGUCCUCGCUGUGGGCUAUGGAGAAGAAAAUGGAACACCUUACUGGAUUGUGAAGAACUCCUGGGGCCCGCUGUGGGGCAUGGAUGGGUACUUCCUUAUUGAACGUGGCAAGAAUAUGUGUGGUCUUGCUGCUUGUGCAUCUUACCCGGUUCCUCAGGUGUAAGAGGAGAGUGCAGGCUGGGCAUAGGAAAAGAAAUGACUGAUUGUGUACAAAUUUCUGAAUGCUAAAAUCAAGAAAGUGAGAACAAGAUGAAAUACCAGUCUGCUGAAAGUUGUUACCUGUAGGCACAUUCGUUGCCUUGCACAUAGCUUCUGCCAGUAGGAAGACCCGUACCUCCUCUCCCCGGCCAAAAGCAAGUGUGCUCCUGUGCCGAGCACCAGACUCCCGCCUUCUCCUCGCAGCUAUGGCAUGCUCACAGUGUGCCUCGCUCGCCCUGUCCCAGCUGAGGCCCUGUGCCUCUGCUGGGGGGCUGUCAGCAGCCGGGGGUGACUGUUUGGGUGGUGGAAAUGCCACGCAGUUACCGGAGUUUAAGAUGCUGCCCCAACAAAGCUCACCCGUUCUUUCAGGUGGCUGUUUCCCAAUCAACAGAUGUAACUUCUAGGGAUUUUUUUAUUUUCUUUGAAGGUGAUUUUUCCUUUCUCUAGAGAAAGAUGAGUGCUGUAAUUUGUACUUUUACUCUAUUUUCAUUAAAUGUAUUUAGUACUUUUUGUAUUAAGAAAAUAGGGUAUUUUAAUGCAAAUAAAGAAGAAAUGGAUGAUUUUAAGAAUCGAUGAAGAAAGCAAGAAGUGUAUUGCUAACAGUUUAUAAACACACCUUGGUGAAGGGAAGCCAUGUGUCAGUAGGGGGCACAUCUGUUGUGUGUUAUUUCAUGCUAAAAUCGGCCACUGACUGAAUAAAUACGACUCGUCACCGGUA